AUCCGACCUGCAAAAAGUCCUCCAAAGUGAGUUGAGCGGAACACUCCGAUCAACCGCUCAUCUAUUGGUAUUAUUGUCAAUUGGUGGAGUGAAGAGAAGGCCCAUCUGAGACUAUGACCAGAGAAAAAAAACGAAGGAGUGUGAAGUGGACGGGUGCAACGAAGGGUCAUUCUCGUAGACGUUUUAAAUAGGAAGUCUGAGAAUUAAAAUGACUCUCACCCCCGACUCGACGGAGACAAACAACAACGAUGGCACAGUUAAGGAAACUGUUGGAGAAAAACCGAAGUGUAAGCAGCGGAAGAAGUAAGAUUGAUUCUGGUUCUUCUUCUUCUUCUUCUUCUCCUUUCAAUUGGUUGCCUGAGGAAUGCAUUUCAAGCAUAAUCUCCUUCACUAGUCCUGAAGACGCCUGCGUCGCUGCUGUGGUUUCUAAAAUCUUUAAAUCGGCGGUGAAAUCAGAUAUCAUAUGGGAGAAGUUUAUUCCGGAAGAUUAUAUAUCUCUGAUUCCUCCGUCGCGAGUUUUCUCGUCGAAGAAGGAUCUCUACUUCUCCCUCUGCCACGAUCCUCUCUUAAUCGACGAUGGCAAUAAGAGCAUAUGGUUAGAGAAAGCGAGUGGGAAGAGGUGUAUCAUGUUAUCCGCGAUGAACUUCUUAAGCAUACAUAGUGAUUAUCCUCCGCACCUCCACUGGUUUCCAAGUCCUGAAGCUAGAUUUGAAUUGGUAGCGGAGGUUCCUCAAACAUAUAAGUUCGAGUUUCGUUGCAGAAUGAAUACUUGUGUCCUUUCUUCAAGAACACGUUACUCGGUCAACAUUGUGUUCAAAAAAGGGUUUGAGUGUUUUGGCUUUAAGAAUGUGGCGAUGAAGGCUGAAGUUUGGCAGGUGGGAGAUGUAGCAUAUAAAAGAUUAGUGUGCUUUGAUAUGUCUACUGGUGGGCGAAAGGACACGGUGAAACCCGUGGCGAGAGAAGAUGGGUGGAUGGAGGUAGAAGUUGGGGAGUUUUUCAAUGAAGGAGAUGGUGAUGAAAUUGUUGAGACGAGUAUUGUAGAAAGUAAUAAAGCCCGCAAACAUGGUUUGAUCAUUCAAGGAAUUGAAAUUCGUCCUUCAAAAAUUCCCGCCGAGUGUGGCGGGGUUUUUUUUUUCUUUAGAGUGAAAAGCUUCUGGAAAAGAAGUAAUUUAUUAUCGUUGUCAAUCUUUAAACCUUAUACUGUAAUACAAUAUACUAUACUCAUUUUUGGGAAAAGCUAA